CAUGUUGCUUUGACAAAUGACACGAUUUGAUUGAUAAAUUCUCGAUUUGUCAAAGGAAAAAUCCUAAAUAUUAUUUUACUUUACAAUGAAGAAGUGAUUGGAGUAAAGUAAAUACGAAAUGGAUGACACAGAGAGCACCACAACAUCUGCUGAUGAGAACACUGGCAAUUUGUGCGACAACCCGACUAGGGACACAUUGGCAGAAGGUCUGCUCGGUCUUUUGAAACCUACUGUGGACCAGCUAGACGACAGAGUCAGAGCUACUAGAAUAUCUCAGUUGGAACUGAAGCAGCAGAUAGAAUCAUUGAACGAGGAGCUGCAGAAUGUGCGAGAGGCACUGAACAACCAUCCUGACUUGGACCCCUAUGUGAAGAAACUAAUAUCUUGCAAACACAAAGUCACUGUGGUAUUGAACGUCUUGCAGGCCUCACAGGACAGACUAAAUGAAAUAAGGCGUAUGGUCAGCAAAGAGAAGAGUGUGCGACCAGCUGUAGUGACAGAGCCAGCACCACAAGAGCCUGAGCAGGGCACCAGUGGCGUAGUGACGGACAGAGGGAGCAUUAACUGACAUGGAGACUCCCUAUCAGAACCACAUUGAUAAGGCUGACUUUGACCAUGUGUAUGAGCCUGCUGAAGACAGCUUCCUACUCAUA